AUGCGUGGGAUUACUGUAUUGUGUUUGCUGACUAUUUGUCUAGCCUGCUUCGUUGCCCAAACUGAAGCCCAACGAGGCGGAGGUCGUGGCGGAGGUGGUGGACGGGGAGGCGGUAGAGGUGGAGGCGGAUGGGGAGGAGGACGUGGCGGUGGACGAGGUCGAUGGGGUGGAAGAAGUGGAUCUUCCAGUUAUUCUUCUUCCAGAAGUUACAGCAGCAGCAGUCGUGGUGGUGUUGACCUUGUUGAUUUAUUGUUAUUCGGUAGCGCAGCAUAUGGCAUGAACAAUGGAUAUGGCGGAGGCGGAGGCUAUGGAUAUUCUGGGUAUGGUUACGGACAACAAUGUAGAGUAGCCCAAUUCGUUGAUUACGUUGGUCAAGUUCCUCGAUACUACUGUGACUGUCCACCGUAUGCACCACACUAUCAGUACUACACAUGUAGUUCUUCUUACGGGAAACGAUAA